CCGUCGUUUACGUGAACUUGGACGCACGACAGCAGCACUCUCACCUCCUCAACGAAGACGACGAGAUACGCGCGCCGACGACCUCUACAUCUCGACAUGCGACGGCGCAAGAGGCCGCAAGUCCUCACGGGACGUUCGACAACAAUGAUUCCUCCACCGAUGAUGAAGAUGAGAUUGCGAGAUGGAUGGCCUUGCGACAGCGCCGUCAGCAUCUGGAACGAGAGAAAAUGAUGCAGGGAUAUCAAGUGACAUCACAAGAUCGAGACAAGUUUCAGCACGACCGCGAAGCCCCUUCUGCAUCUCAUCAGGUGCCGUCGUAUAUGUCGCCCCUUGGCUCCAUGCGAACCUGGAAACGCCCGAUACAUGAGUCAAACGCCACAGACGACGAAAAUGCAGAGCUGGAUCGCUUGAUCUACGCAACGCGGGAUGGAUACAGUGUCGUGGACAUGUUUGCACACCAGUUGUUUCAAGAGCAGGAGCAGCGCCGACUUGUCCUUAGCACUGCAGAAUUCCAUGCACCCGUUCCCCCCACCGAUCGGUUUAAAGUCAUUGUGGAUGAAAGCGACGAUGGCCGCGGCAAGGAUGACCAAGCCACCGAACAUGACGACGUGAGCGACUUGGCUGCGUCGAUUCGGUGGCCAGGUGGGGAAGGAAUUCACCAUCCUCCUUCAUUUGACGUCCAGCCCCCGCGAGAAAUUCUCGAAGACGACGUGAACGAUGCAAAUGAACGCUUGUCUGGUCGAUCGAUUGACGAGCUCUUAGCUGAAGCCAACCGUGUCCUGCGGCGAUCGGCCUCUCAUGAUAUCGGGAGCAAAAGAUCGAGUGCUUUUUGGGACCGAGCUAUCCGCGAAGAGAACGAUGACGGUCAUGUAGACAGCGGCUACGUCGAACCAAGGCAAAACCCGUACGCGCACGCUCCACGGAUUGUAAUGGAAGAUGACACAAACCUGCGCCAUUCCCCUCGGACGUUGAGCAGACAAUUGAUGGCGGCUGUUGAGUACCAAGAGUCGCUUCACGAAGCGCAGAUGAACUUGUCGGCCCUGGAAUACGCGCACGAGAUGGAGCGUCACCAGAACGAAACCCUACUCUGGGGCCAUUCCAUCCAAGAGGAAGUCGACUCGAUGGCACAAGCGCAGAAGUUGCUCGACCAGCACAUGCAAAUGCAGGAAGACUUUCAUCAACAAGAGCUUGUGCUGCAAGCGAUGGGGCACACAGCCCAAGAGCGUGACAACGUGGCUGAACAGGCGUGUCAAACCGAUGAGUUGGUUCAACAACACGUUGCAACGAUGGCACAGUGGACCGUGGAGAUGGGGACGAUGGCGGUGGAGUGUCGGGACGGAUUCGUUCAGUGCAUAUUGCAGCACUCUGUGGCUAUUCAGAGCGACGAAGCAGACGUCCAAGCUUGGGAAACACAUCUCAUUGAUCCUUCCAGUCCCAAGGAUGUUGCUGUAGCACCUGAAGCCCCUCAGCCAGCCGAAUUGGACUGCACACGGCCGACGCAGUUUCAUUUGGCCAUCGAGAAGAGUCCCUAUUCGUCCGCCGCGCACAGCGUUGAAGCGUACUCUGAAACCUUCGAGACGAGUAGUCCCAAGAAAUUCGCGCCGCCACCGUCGAAUGCAAACGUUGCUGCGUCCCACGAGUCCAUGGAUGAUGCUGGGUAUUCCCAAGCCUUUGACAGCCCAACAAAAGAAGCGUCUUGCAGCGACGUCGCUUCAGACAAGGAGGACGAGGAUGAAGGCAGUGGUUCUGCAGCAUCCUUGAACGCGCCUGUUGCCUCGGAGAGCGAAGAAAACAUAGUCGACGAGCAUGACAGUCCUGAAGGAACCAGUAACCCCGAUGAGCCCGACAUCGAUGCCGCCAGUGAGGACGCCUCCGGCUGGCCACAGUCUAUAGGCAAUGUGGUGGAGUCGGAGGAGUAUUCGGAAGUGUUCGACAGUCCCCCGAAACCCACGUCGGUCUACCCUACCCAUGGCAACAUUCCCGAUGAAGUUGAAGUUGGUCAUAUCAACGAGAGAAGCGACACCGCCGCCGAGCGUUCGGCGACAGAUGUGCCAAGGGAGGACGAAGUGGACGAGGUAGAAGAGUCCACCAAUAGUAGUCGUUCCAAGAACGACUCGAUCGCUUCCGACUUCGAAGGCGACGCAAACUCUGUCGCUGACGAAAUAGCUGCACCAUCCAUACCAAACGAUUCAGUGAAAGGCGAAGAAAACUACUCUGACGUGUUCGAAAGCCCUCGAAGCAAGCCUAGCUCUAGUCCGCGUUGCCGUCGCGACGGAGUGUCAGACAGCAACCCGCUUGAACCAGCCGUGGUGCGCCGAAUUGCCACGGUUGCAGCGCCACCGAUGGUUCCUUUGCCCUUGGCGUCUGGAACUGGCAAAGCGCCGCAACAGCGAGUGGAAGCAUAUUUAUCUCACCUGCGAGAGACCGAUCCUGAAAAAGAAGAGUACAUUCGCAGCAUCUUGGCUCGAAAGGCGAGCGAGGAUAAAAUUCUUGACAUGCGCCAACGGAGCCUGGCCACCCGGCGCAACAUCUCACGCAUGCAAUACCAAGCUGAGAGGAUGCAGUUGGACAGCUGCCGAGCCGCCAACCUUGCUCGAUGUUACGAAGACAUGAUUCUGUUCCGGCAGGUCGAAGUGGAAGACCCGGACGAGAUCGACAUCUUAGCACUAGCGUUCGGUCAACCCUCCGUUGGCUUGGGCAUCGUCGCUCUGCAUCCCAACAAGUUCAUUUACCACUCCGCCGUGGAUCUAUCAGACCAGCGCCAGCCUCCUUUGCCGGUGGCGAAUGCGAACCAACUGGACCCUGGACGAGAUGAAGGGGACGACGCUGACGACGCCAAAAAUACCAGUGGUCACGAUGAGUCCGUUCGUGCUGAAGAAGAUUACGAUGAGGAUGAGUUUGAAGAGACAUCGUCCAAGACAGUUAAUGAACAGGACGACGACAUUCAGGACGACGGAGAGGGCAGCCACGGCGCCAGUGCUGUGAGUGUGGUCGAAAUAGUCCCUGCGUCCGAAGCCAAGCUCGACUCAUUGCGCCAGUCGGAUGCGAACGAGUACUCCUUCGACGACUUUGCAUCCACAAAAGACAACGACGACACGAGCAUGGCCGAUAGAGACGAUAACGCACCCGACGGCUUCGAGGUUGACAGUGUAGUUACGGACGCUGUCGCUGCCGUUCCCGACGCAGAGAGCUACGACGACGGGUUUGAUGAGGACUCGAUGAACGAUUUCGUAGUCAAGCAGUCUGAGGAUGGCCCCACUGUUGUCGAAGAAGAGGCCGAGGCUCGAGCGACUGGUGAAAAAUCUGUCGACAUGCCAAGUGUAGACGAUUUCAACGGCAAUGGAGUUGAGGAUGACGAAGAUGGUGAUGCAUCGACCAGCGUCGAAAAAGAGAUUGCCGUUGCAGCUGGCGAAGUGACCGACAACCACGAUGGCAAAGAAGUAGACGACGAUGACUACUCCAUGAAUGACUUCAACUCGACAUCCAUCGCAAUACCGCCUGGCGCCGCUGAAAGUGCCCCGAAACCCGAGUGUGGUGGUGAUGCGCCAUCUACUGAAGACGAAGAUGUGGUCAAUGGACAACAGGGUGGCGAAACGAACGACUCCAUUGCAGACGAAGCUAGCGAAGAGGACGGCGGCGGCGCUGCAGACAUGUACGCGAUGGACGAGUUCGCGUCGGGUGCGACCCUUGGCUCCACAUUGGUGCCACCUAGAGAUUCCGUCGACGAAUAUGGAUCGAACGAGUUCGAAAAUUCCGACCACGGCGACGCGACCACUUGUGUCACUAACGAUUUAGCAGAGAUUUCGAUCGAGCGCGACGUGAAUGCUGCUGAAAGAGAUAGCAACACGUCGCAAGAACUCAAGCUGGCCCUGGAAAAAAUUGCGAUUGAGUAUCCCGAGAAAAUUGGUCAGGACAAGGCCAAGUGGCAGCGCCGCAAAGACCAAGCAAUGGCGCUGGUGGAGGCGAAGGAGCGAGCAAUUGCCCAGCUCAAGUUCAAGGCCGAAGUCAAACACAUCAACGAGCUUGUUGCGUACUCGCUGAGUUUGAAUGUAGAGGAUGAAGCGAAUCGAAGCGCUCCAACACCGUUGGUCCCAUCGACUUCAGUUCCUGUCGUCGCGAAUGCACCAGCGCAUCAUGUGACGCUACCCCUUGUCGUGGAAAAGGCCGAGACAGCCGAGGAGUAUUCGGACUCGUUCGAUAACAGGAGUGAUGGCGACGCAGCGUACUCGGACGAUGCUUUCGAAGAUGAUGCAGUGGUUGAUGAACCAGAAUCGACCAAGGGCGAGGACCCUCCAGUCGUCGAAGCAGAGCCACUAGCAAUGCCGCAGCGCAAUGAUGACCCUGCCACUGCACCGCCUGUGGAGCUAGAGUCGAGCUUGUCGCGCAGCAUUGAUGAGCACGAACAACGAUUGGCGGAAUUGAAGGAAUCGCUCGCCACCAAGCAAGACGAAGCUGUUCAGUUGACGGCGCUCGUGCUCAAGGAAGAACGACGGCUGGCGCUGGAGGAGGAAGAAAAAGCGAUGGUGGCGCAGCUCGAUCAAGCGGAACGCCUCGUCGCGACCACUCAAUCUCGAUUGAGUGACUUGCAACGCCACCGCCAAGACAGUACACUCUUGGCGGCCGCAGCGACAGCCCCAAGCCACGACAAGCAUCCGCAUGAAUCCUCGUUUGAGAUGGCGGAGCAUGACGAUUGUGGCAUUUCUCCCAAUACGCCCAUGGAACUUGGAGACACGCACGACCCGAAUGCUAGUUGUUCCGACUCAUUUAGCACAGCCGCGUCACGGGAGGAGCGAGCUGCGUCGAGUGCAGUCGACGAUGGCGUUGCCGGCAAGGUCGUUGGAGUCACGAUGAAUUCGUUGGGCGCGUCUGUAGAAAUUUCAAUCGUCGAUGGCGACUCCAUAUCCGACGAUUUCGACGACGAUCAGUCGUUUGCCAGUGGUGACGACGCUGCCAUGACGAUCAACUCACCCGACUGGGAGAUUCAGGAUCAGCGUGGGGAGCCAACUUCCCCAAACACUUUCGACAUGGACCUGGCCGAGCCACGGACAGUGCUUCCCAUCCCGACGGUGCUCGACGACUCUUUUACCAGCGUCGACGACAACCUGACCAGUCCUGAUCUCUUGUCGGGGUAUGACUUGGUUGAGGCCGCGGCGCCGUCAAAUUGGAUGCAUGAAGUCGCAACGCAAACCAUUCCGGACCCGCUCGAAUCCCUUAGCGAAUUCGACUACGUUGAAGCGGCCGAACUUGUGCAACCACCGACCGACGCAACGGUAGCGUUGAAGAUACCUGAUCACAGCCUUGACAAAACGUUGGAUCUCCUGGCAUUGUAUGACGUUGUCGAAGACGUCCAAGGGCCAGCAGAGGUCGGAUUCGUGACCCAGUGGGAGUUGGAGUACCAGAGUUUGCUUGCGGGGUACGACCACGUCGAAGAAGCUCAUCCUCCCGUCACCGCUGCAUUGAAUACGAUUCAAGAGGAGGAUGCAGAGAAGCCGAGCGCUUCUAACAACACGGUGGACUUACUUCGAGGGUACGACAUUGUCGAGGACGUCGAGCAAGUGUAUAUCUUGGAUGAAGCGCCUGACAGUGGCUCCCUUGACCGUGCGGAGCACACCUCCCCGGCGAAAUCAACGGCCGUGCAUUGUCACUUCGACGAGGGUGGAGUCCACGACGUAGUCCCUGUUUAUGGCAUUGAUCAUGCCGACAAUGCUCAAGCGGAAGAGGUCGUUCCGUUGCAGCAGCAAGGUGUUGAUAGAUCCAUUCGAACGUCGUCAGUGCAAGAACUUGAACACAUGAAAUGCCAAGCGGUACCUCAUUCAACUGUUCGAGCCGACGAUUUGCUUGCGCCGUUCGACUACAUUGAAGAAGCGGUCGCAGCAACCGUGCGGCGAGCAUUAUCGCCAUGCACGGAUGUGUUGUCGUCAUUCGACUACGUCGAAGACGCAUGGAUGCCUGGAACCUCCACGACUCGUCCGAGCAGUGUAAAUGCUCCAAACCCCAGUGCCAGUACCUCGCACGGUCGCAAUCCUUCAUUGAACGUCCAAGCCGACCACAUAACCAACUGUCUUUGGGGUGAAGUGCUCGAUGACGUUCUAUCGACCACCGAUUUCUCUCUGGCAUGCAGCACGAUAACAACUGCAGACGAUUCGACUCCUCACUUUCAACCCUCCAUGGACGCAAUGACGCCAGGUGCUCCGAUGGCAGAGGCAGCGCUCAUGGCUCCGCCCCAAAUUCCCACUGCAGUCGACCGCACCGAAUCGUCGGUGGACGUAGUCACGGACGGGCUCAUGCACGAGCUCCUUCAAGAAUCCUUGACGUUUUACUGUUCUCAACGCAAGUUCUGUCCACAACCCACCCCAGCGCGACCACUGAACCAAGCAUCGCCUCCAACGCCGUACCACCGCGACAUCGCCACAGCUCCCCCCGAUGCAGCUCUACGCAACGUGACUCAUUUUCCCGACGAGUAUACCACACUCAUGCAAUCGCGGAAGCCAUACGAUUGGACUCACGUGGAUGAAAUCCUCCUUCGAAAGAUAAAGAACGGCGAAGCCGAGUCAAAUUCCACUCAGUCCAGCACUGCCGGUGAUAGUGUUGUCAGCGGCGGCGCCAUCAAAGACAGACGACAGCUUUUGAACGAAUGGACAACGAUCAAGAGAACAUCAGCUCGUGGACGACAUGCACCUUCGCCAGCCGCGCCGACUUUAGCACCUCUGACCGUCAAAGACCUCUACUUGGCAACUCAAGAAACGAAAUCUGUUGCAGCAUUGGUGCAAUCACUCGUGAAGGAAGCGGUCAGUGAAGUGGCCGACUCGAACGACGCAAUUGUGGAUGCGGUGGUCGAAUCUUUGCUGGACGACACGGCUGCUGAGGUAGCGUCGACCGCGUCAAGGCUGGCAUUGGCAGCCGACGGAGUUGCUGGUCAUGCGGCGCCCCUGUCGUAGUUUGCAUCGAUCGAGGGCUGUUUUCACAUCGGGAGCGGUGGGGAAGCGUGCGAGAUCCUACGAACUAAAGGUAAUUUAACAAGUCAAGUGAACGACGGCGACCGGACUGAACCUGACGAACGCGAUAACAUGAUGAUCGGUCGCGCAAGUGAAUGCGCUCUGUGAUGGCUUUCUCCUUCGCGGCGAGG